GUUAAAUAUUUUUUUAAUGUUUUCGUUAUAAGUAAAUAAAUGUUACCGUUAACAAUUACUAAAAUUGAUUAAAAAUGAAGUUGGUGUGUCAAGUCGAAGUGGUUAACAGACAUCACUGUAAUGUAAAUAUAGGUACAAAUAAAAAAUACUCAAAAUCGACAUUAGCAUUAGGAAAGGAACCAAAACGAGACAAAGACUUUUUCCUCAUUCACUUUUCUUCUGUGAAUAAAAGUGGAAACAAGUAUAAAAUUAAAAAUAUGAAACAAGUGUUUGUUAAGUGUUUGAAUGAAGGAAAAGCUACGCUUAGAUUUGAGGAGCCACCUCAUGAUUUGUGUAUCAAAAGUGAAGUAAUCCAGCUGAAAUGUUUUUUACGAUUAUUGAAGGCGUGCAUAACUGGUGACAAAGACAGUUCCCAAUUGAGUAACUUGUCAAACUUAUGUGUAGUUUCAUCAGAUAUUGCACCUGUAAAAAUGACAAUACAAUCUAGAAGUGACAUACCUGUUAAAGGUUUCCCGAGGACAUUAGAAUACCUAUCCAUGACUGAUCUAAAACUAUGUAACUUCCGUAGAGAUAUCUUAUUAUUAAGUAACUUAAUGGUGUUAGAUUUAAGUAAUAAUGAAAUAGAAAAAUUACCUUUAGAGUUUGGUAGAAUGAAAAACCUGAGGGAGUUGUAUCUCUCAAAGAAUGCUCUGGGAAAAAAUGGUGAUGUAGACUGGAGAUGGUUAUUUGGUCCACAAAUAGUUAAAACAUUGAAGUUACUAGAUAUUAGUGAUAAUAAAAUAAAAAUUCUGCCAAAAGCAAUUUGGAAAUUGGAAAAACUAGUUACAUUGAAAAUAAACAAUAAUGAAUUUGUGAAAUUACCGGCAACCAUUGGGAGAGUUCAAACUUUAAGAUAUCUAGACAUUUCAAGGAAUCAACUAGAAUCAGUGCCUUGCAGUUUACUACAAUGUCGCUUAGAACAUUUAGAUCUGUCAUCAAAUAAUUUCCAUUUAGUUGCUGAUGUAAGAAACAAAAACAAUGCAACAAGCAAUGGAUGGGAUCUUUAUAUUUACAGCCUUACUAAUUUAGCAUCAAAGGCAGUUUUGAAAAAUAAAAUUUUUUAUGCACCUAAUAUUAUACCACUGACUUUAGUGCGAUUUCUCGAUGACGCUAAAAUGUGUGUUUGUGGAAAUCCCGUUGUAAAUAAUGAGUUUAUUAUAAGAGAAUUUGACCCCAAGGAUUAUUUCAGAGUUGUUGUUUUUGAUAAUAAUAGAAGUGUGAAAUUUGAAUGUUACUUUUGUUCAGCUAAAUGUUAUAUUAAAUAUUGUUAGAGUAAUAAAAACAUG